AUGACUUCUACCCAAACUACAUGGCCAUAUAAUUAUUCUAAUAAUCAUCAUAUGCUACCAAGUCCUAGUAAUGCUAACUUUAAUGGUAUCAGUCCAAAUUAUCCAAUGUUAGGAUUAAUUCCUGAUUAUGGAGGUUCUAAUAAUUCUAAUACAUUUCAAAAUUUUCCAAAAUUUACACCUAAUUUUAAUCAAAAUAUUUAUGGAAUGUAUGGAAAUUUUAAUAGUGCUCAAAAUAGUCCAAUAUUUCCAGUAUCUGGUAGUGAUUACAUGAAUAACAGAAGUGGAGAUAGCUAUGAAUGUAUAAAUAGCUCAUCUGAUGAAGCAGGUGGUUCAAUUAAACCUUCUAAAUGUGGAUCUCGUCGCUACAAAACACCAUCACCUCAAAUUCUUCGUCACCGUCGCCAGGCAGCAAAUGCCCGUGAACGUAGAAGGAUGAAUAAUUUAAAUUCUGCCUUUGAAAAAUUAAGAACAGUCCUCCCAGAAAUGGAUAGUGGUAGAAGAUUAAGUAAGUAUGAAACAUUACAAAUGGCACAACAUUAUAUAUAUUGUUUAAUAGAAUUAUUAAAUCAAACAGAUACUGAUGAUAUUACCAUAAAAAAAGAAGAAGAAAAAUGA